AAAUAUAUAAAUAUAUAUAUAUAUAUACAAAAAAAUAUAAAACAGAUGAACGUUUCCAAGGCAGCGACAGUUCGAAUCGAUGAGAAACAGAUUGCGCCUAAAUGUCUUCCGGAAUUAAUUGUCGUGAAAUUUUCGUAUUUUUGGAAAUUUUGAUUUGGAAUCAAGCAAAACAGAGAAAUCGACAAAACAAUGAGCAUAGCAACAACACCAAUAACAACAACAACAGUAAGGAAACAACAACAAAAACACCAACAAGCAGCAGCAACAAGCAACACAAUAAAAAUCACAGCAACCGAAGAAGCAGCAAUAAUAACGCAGUGAAAGUGAUAAAACAUCAGCAGCAGCAGCAGCAACAACAAUUGCCCAAAGCAACCAAAACCAACAACAACAACAACAACAAAAAUUCAAACACCAACAACUACAAUAGCAAUAACAACAAUAAUAACAACAACAGCAACAACAAUCUGCACAUAUUGCAAAAGGGUUGAGUUGCUUGAUUGUAAAUUUAGAUAUUAUUAUCAAACACACAUAGAAAAUUGCUUUAAAUAACUCGUAACAAAAAUAAUAAAAAACAAAAAACAAUUAAUAAUAAUAUACAUACGCGAACAAGUGUCUUAUUAAAGGAUAUAAAUAAUUAAGCAGCAGCAACAAUAUAAAAACAUCAGAUCCAACAACAUCAACAAUUUAGUACCUACAGGCCUGAC